AUGUGGGACAAGUUUCUUUAUAUUUUUAUGAUUACAUUAUCCACAUACAUUUUAAAGCAACUAUUUUCUGAGACUCCAAAUUUUGUCAAGUAUAAAUCAAAAUUUCUCAUUUUCUACAUAUGGACUUCUAUGGUAUCAUUAAUAUUGAUGCCUUUUUUCGUAUUCAAUCCAAAAAAUGUUCUGAAUUCUUUAUUUGCUACCCAAAUUGUUAAACAUAUAACUAAAGUUAUUGAAGUUAAAUGGUUUCUUAGAAAUGGGAAAGUCUUGGCAGAAGAUCGAGGAGCAGUUAUAGUAUCGAACCAUCAAUCUUCACUUGAUAUCCUAGGUAUGUUCAACAUUUGGCAUGUGGCUGUAAAAAUAGCUGCUAUUGCUAGAAAAGAAAUAUUUUAUGUUUGGCCAUUUGGAUUGGCUGCAUAUCUAGCUGGUGUGGUGUUCAUAGACAGAAAUAAUUCAAAAGAUGCUUACAAACAACUGAAAAUUACUUCAGAUGUCAUGGUGAAAAACAAGACAAAAAUAUGGGUAUUCCCUGAAGGGACGAGAAACAAAGACUUCACGAAGCUAUUACCCUUCAAAAAAGGUGCUUUCAAUAUAGCAGUUGCUGCUCAAGUGCCAAUAAUACCAGUAGUCAUAUCACCAUACUAUUUCAUAAAUUCAAAAAAAUAUAUAUUUAACAAAGGUCAUGCCAUAAUCCAGUGUUUAGAGCCAAUAUCUACAGUAGGGUUAACAAUGCAAGACGUUCCUGACCUCAUUGUUCGGGUACGAAAUAUGAUGGAAAAUGCAUACAAGGAACUCUCUAAAGAGGUACUUAGUGCCUUACCACCAAACUAUCCUCUCGCAACUCAGGAGCGAUAG